ACCGUUUAAAGUGUCCAAGAGAGUUAAUAUAAAUAAGAAGAUCUCUCUAAUCGUGUUGUUUCAGAAAACAAGAGCGUCCUUUGAUUGGUUUUGGAUUUUGUUGUGUUCCUCUCAAAAUGACAAAACUAUGGACUUCUCUCUCUGCUCUUCAUUCCCUCGCUGGACCCGUGGUGAUGCUGCUCUAUCCGUUAUAUGCGUCGGUGAUAGCAAUAGAGAGCCCAUCAAAAGUAGAUGACGAGCAAUGGCUUGCUUAUUGGAUUCUCUAUUCUUUCCUUACUCUAUCAGAACUCAUCCUUCAAUCUCUCCUAGAGUGGAUACCGAUAUGGUACACGGCGAAGCUAGUGUUUGUGGCAUGGUUGGUUUUACCACAAUUUAGAGGAGCUGCUUUUAUAUACAACAAAGUCGUGAGGGAACAGUUCAAGAAGUACGGCAUCCUCAAACCUAAGGUAGAGCAUCAGGCUGAGUGAGUCAAAAAGAGCAGGGGACACAAGAGGGCUUCACUGUUGGGGUCUCCAGUUUCUAAUCUCUUUAUGCUUUUUCUAUUUUGUCUUAUUUCUCUUUUGAUAUACGGAAAAAUGGGGUUGUUCUUAUUAUGAGCCUCUGCUUGAAUGUAUGAAAAGACCUUUUAUUCGACGUUAAACUAUUAUAUUAAAGAUUAAAAAAUUGUAAAUCUUGUGUUGCCACUUCUUAGUCUUUCAAGAUAUCAUUGCCUUAAA